AUGUCAUCACAGUUUUUGCCAGUAUCACUGACUUCUGGAGAUGAAUUAAAAGAUGACUCAAUCAGAAAGGACAGGCCAUAUAAGAUCUUUUUUAAAGAUCUCUUUCUCUUCAAAGAAAAUGAAAUGGCAGCAAAGAAAAAGGAAAAAUACAUGAACCGCCUCAUGAAAGUCCACCAAAAGUCCACUUUUUCAUCCCGAAUGAAGAGUCGUUCACACCUGGGCCAAAUAGUAUUGUACUCCCACCCAGCUCCUAGCUCGUUUGAAAAGUCUGGGCUCGACCCCACCCUUGUUCUCAGGUUAACAGAACGUGCAGACACAAAAAGGACUGUUCAUGAAUUUAUUAAUGACCAGAGAGACAGGUUUCUGCUUGAGUAUGCUCUGUCAACCAAAAGAAAUACAAUUAAAAAGUUUGAAAGGCUCAUAGCAACGAAGGAAAGGCAGCUCAUAAAAGCAGAAAAAAAGCUCCAAGAGGACGCAGUGGCAUUUGAAGAGUUCCUUCGAGAAAACGACCAGAAAUCUGCAGAUGCUCUCAAGAUUGCAACGCAGGAAACUAUAAACAAACUCCAGAUGACAGCAGAGCUAAAGAAGGCGAGUAGGGAUACACAGGCAGUGAAAAGUGAAAUAGUAAAAACAGAAUUCCUCCUUAGAGACUACAUGAAAUAUGGACUUUUUCUGCUGAAAUUGUCUCCGAAACCCUGGCAAAUCCAGCAAGCAAUGAAAAGGGUGCAGGUGUCAAAAAGCCAAGAAGAUAUGAAUGUCACUCUUCCAAAAAUAUUAACAAAACUGAAUACAAGGAAAAAAGAGGGCAGUGUUGAGGAGUAUAGGAGGACAUCAUUCUCAGAAGAGUAUUUUCUGGGAAGUAGCCAAGGUAACACUAAAGAUUUGGGACUUAAGUCCCAGAACCAAUCUGAAAGUAUCAGUUCAGAAGACAGUUUGGAAUUAUUUUUAGAUGAUAUGGACUAUGAUCUGGAGCCAGAGCUUUAUUUCAAAGAACCAGAAGAGUUACUUCAAGUCCUCACAGAGCUGGAAGAGCAGAAUCUUACUUUGGUACAGUAUUCCCAAGAUGUAGAGGAAAAUCUUGAAGAUGUAAAUAAAAGAGAGAAACUUAUACAGGAUAAAAUAAAUAGAAACAUAGAAUUUCUUUUGAAGCACAAGGAAAUGCUUAAGGCUAACUGUGAGAGAGAAGAGGAAAAAGCAGCAGAACUGGAAUUAAGGUCCAGGCUAUUUAGUUUCGGAGAAUUCAAUUCAGAAGCUCAGGAAAAACUGAUAGACUCUCUUAGUAAAAAAAUUAAUCAAGUAUGUAAAGUCUGCAUUGGAGAUACUGAGGUUGGUGGUCUUGACCCAGUUCAAAAGCUGGUAAAAGUGGAGUCUCGCCUGGUGGAAUUGAGUGAUCUCUUCGACUCCAUUCCCAAAGAAAAUGUGGAGGCGAUUGAGAGGAUAAAGCAGAAAGAACGGCGGCAAAAGUUGCGUGAAGAGAAAAUUAAAGAAAAACAAAAACACCAUGAAGAAAGGCUAAAAGCUGCUCUAGAAAGAGCAGUAGCACAACCAAAGAUAAAGCUGGGGAGACGACUUACCUAUCGCUCAAAACCUCCAUCUGAUAACAAACAUGAACAACUUUUAGUGAAGGAUACAAGAACAAAUUCACUAGAGGAAGAAUAUUUUUUCACUUGAAUAGGAGCAGUAAGACAUUUACUAUCAGAAUGUUUUAGGUGUAUUUUGUAGAUUUUGAUUUUCAGUAGUGGCAAUAUUCUGCCUCGUAUGCUGAUCUAACCAAUUUGAGGAAGACAGGCCCUUUUUCCAAAGGUUUUUGGGAAUGAGAAUUAUUUUCUUUUGUUGAAAACUUUUAUUAUCAUCUCCCAACUAUUAUUACAUAUCUAAACAUUUUAUCUAUACUUUGAGAGUGGUCUCAGUUGCAGAUACACAUCCAAGUUACUGAUACACCUAUAUGAUGAAUGACCAGUAAAGUGCAAUAAUGGCAUUCCCUGACAACAUGAGACUUUAAAAACGAUAAUAUUUUUUUUCAGCCAGUGUGCAGGAAAAGUUCAUACUAUAUAUUUUAUCACUAUGGAGUAUACAUUUUAACAAUGUAUAACUAAAAUAUCUAAAAGGUUUUGAGGAGUUUAAAACCUAAAUGAAAAAAACACUACAUUACGUCCUCAGAACAUAACUGUGAGGAUAGUUUUUAAUUCACAUUAAGGAACUCUGUUUAGAAACCUUAAUUCUCUUAAGUGAACAAACCAUAUGCCUUCAGCUUAAACGUCAGCUCACAAUUUCUGUUGUGCUCUAAAUUCACAAUUAUUUUAAUUUUCAGGUGUUUCAAUUUUGCUAUAAUAUAUACAUUACUUAGCUUACACUGAUACAGAACUGUGAUCAGUUGACUACUAAAUACAGUAUAUAUUUAUUUCUAAGAAAAUAUUUAACUUUAUACAUGUCAAAAAUGGCUCAAAAAAUAAAAUAAAAAAAUAGUUGCUUUUACAAGGUCUCAGUUGAUACGUAAUUAUAAGAAAAGGGCCAAAACUCACCUUCAUAAAUAGUAUAUUUCACUUACAGAAAAA